UUAUUAUUGUCUCUCGUUACAUAACAAAAACAAUUUUUUCUAUUGAUUAUUUUUACAAUAUAGAAAAAUGCAUGUUAUAUAAAUAAAUGUAUUAUAUGAAUCAUCUAUUAAUUUUUUUUAUAUAAAUAUUUCAUUUUUAUGUUUAGAUGAAGAUAUCGAUGGUGCAACUGUACUUUUACUACAGCAGGAAGAUAUUGUGAAAGUAUUUCCUCGAAUAAAAGACAGGGUAAAAUUUGUUGAUGAACGUAAAAAAUUGAUAGAAAAUUUCAAGGAACAUCUUACAGAUACUGCUGAAAUUACAGGUAAUCUAUUCAAAUCAGCAUUAUCAUCUUCCGCAUCAUCAUCAUAUUUUUUAGAUGUACCACAACAUGAUGGUUUACCAAAUUCAUCAAUUUUAGUUAGGACUGAAGAAGAUCAAAAUGAGCAAACAAUUGAUGUUAUAUCAUCGAAUAUUGAUUGUCAUGACAAUGAUGAUUUUGAUGUUAAAUCACGACUGCCAAUAGAUUAUACAGGACCAAAUUUGUCUGCAAAAAUGCAAUAUUACAUUGAUAAAAACGAUCUUUCAAAAUUUUAUCCACAUAGUGCUUUACGUGCUGAACUUCUAUCAUUGCUUUUUGACGAUGUCAACAAAAUACAUCAAUUACUUUAUCCUAAUCAUGAUGAAUAUAUAAUCAUGGCGAAGUGUAUCGUUCAAAAACUGUCCAUUCCAGCAGCUUUAGUUCGUGAAGCUACAAAAGAAUGGCAUGAAUCAAUUAAGCAAAAAUUUAAACGAGAACGUCGACCUUUACAAAUGGAUAACGAUUUAGUGAAGCAUAAACAAAUUCAAUAUGGUAAUGGUAAAACAAAUGGUCGACCAAAAAGAAAAAGUGUUGUUGAACAAGCUGAACGUCGAACAAAUGAUGUACCAUUUAUAAAUUUAAAUGAUGUUCAAAAUGAAUAUCUUUUGCCUUUGACUGAUCAAAUGAAAAUUGAAUUACGUAGAGAUAAUCCUGAUAAUAAUGUUCUUCAUAAACUUUGGCGCCAAUCUUUUAAUACUCGUCGUUUACAUGUUCGUGAGCUUCCAAUAGAUCAAUUACUUGAACAAUAUCCUGGUUAUCGUCGUGCAGAUUUGCUCUUGGCAGAAGUAAAAGAAACUAUUGGAGUCGAUCUUAAUGAAAAUGUUGAAGAUUUAUUACCGAAAUUUUUCGAAUGUUUACCAGAUAAUAAUUGUUUUUUAUCGGACGUGUUGCCAAUUCGAGUCAUUCGAAUUUUAUGCAAAAAAUUUGGUGAUUCAGUUAGUAAUGUUUUCACUUAUCAAGAAGUACUUGUACCUUAUCCAUGUAUUAAAAUUCUCGAACACAAGUUCGAAAUUUAUCUUGAUUUUCAUCUUGUCACAGAAACAAAUUCAUGUUCAACAGCUCUUGCCCUACUCUUAUCAUUUUAUUAUAUAUUUGAAAUUCAAUUUGCGCAACACAGUAGAUGUUGUCGAUUUCUUUACAGCAUCUUGUUUGAAGAUGCACGCUAUCUCAAUAAAUCAACGAAAAACUUAUUAAACAGUUGGAAGUACAAAAUUAUUAAUAAACCACUAAUAAAACGACAAGCAUUUGUUAUGAAUACAGCCGAAUGUUUUACUCAACCAUCAACUGAUAAUGAAAACAUAUUAUCUUCAUCCAAUAAUUUUACUCAAAUUGAUCAUGUAGCAACUCAACAAUCUCAACAAACUCAAUGUUCUUUAUUACCCAAGAAACUAACCACUUCAAAUAACACUGUUCAAGAUAGUUUUAAUUCAAUUAAUGAAAACGAUCAUGAUCAAACUUCAGAUUCUGCUGAUAAAAAUAUCUUCAAUCAUUUAUCACCCAUUUCCAUUUCAAUUAAUGAUUCUCAACGAAAUUCACCAAUGAUUCUUCAAAAUGAAAGUCAAUCAUCAAUUGAUAAUCAAACAUUGACUGAUGAUCUUAAAUUAUCAGAAACAAACGAAAUAUAUCAUGUUAAAAAUCCUCCGUACUCAAAACAAAAUGAACUCGAACCUGAUCCAUCAAAAGAAAAAACAACUAUCUCGAAUCUUAAACGAAAACGUAAACAUAAUCAACCAUCAUCUUCAUCAAUCAACUUCCACAAACAAUCUAUGCGACUCGGAGAAAAGCGAAGCCGUGUUCAAUAA